UUAAUUCACUUUCUUUAAUUCUUUUUCCUUUCAUUUUUUUUCUCUCUUUUUCCCUUCAUUUCCUUCCUUCCUUUCUCUCUCUCUCUCUCCUUUCAGUUGUGCCUUCUUUAUCAUUAAACAUCCCUUCAGUCAUUAUCCGCAAUCACCUCUAGAAAAAAAAAGAAUUACUGUAUUCAUAAAAAGAUUAAUUUUUUUUUUUCACUCUCCUUCUCCAACAAAAUUAAUUCCUAAAUUCCUAAAUCCUAUAAUAUCCCUUUUUUAACAAAAAUGACUGGUUUAUACUUUAUUUUUUCCUUGAUUGGAAAAUUUCUUGUAUUAGCAUUAACCAUUAUGAUUAUUACAUCUGAUGCAUCUCCUAUUAAUAAACGUCAAGAUAUUUCAUCUGAAUCCGAUAUUCGAGAAUUUAAAUUAUGGGCAAAAUAUGCUAGUGCCGCAUAUUGUGAUGUAACAGAUUGGAAAUGUGGUAAAGCAUGUGAAGGUGAAACGGAAGGAACUCGAUUAAUAAAAUUCUUUAAAGAUUCACCAAAAAGAGAUAAUAAUGGUUAUGUUGCUAUUAAUGAUAAAGAAAAAGCUAUUAUAGUAGCUUAUAGAGGCACAUCUGAUGAACAAUCAUUCUUACAAGAUUUUGAAGUUAAAUUAAUACCAUUUUCAUCAUCUGUACCUAAAGCUAAAGUACAUUCAGGAUUUUUUUCUACUUAUAAUGAUACAAAAAAUGAGAUUACAGAAUUAGUUAAACAAUUAGUUAAAAAGAAUCCUAAUUAUAAAGUAAUAUCAACAGGACAUUCAUUAGGAGGAAGUUUGGCAUUAUUUCAAACUUUAGAUUUAAUUGGUACACCAGGAUUAAAUCCUUCAAACCUUUUUACUUAUACUUAUGGUCAACCACGUACUGGUAAUAAAGAAUUCACACAAUUUGUUACGAAUUCAGGACAUAAAUUUUUUAGAAUAGUAAAUAAGAAUGAUAUUAUACCUCAUUUACCUUUUCGUUCACUUAGUUAUAAUCAUUAUGGACCAGAAAUUUGGAUUGAUCCAAAAAAUGAAGUGGUAGUUUGUCAAAAUGCUGAAGAUAAAAGAUGUAGUAAUUCACUUCCUUUUAAAUCCCUUCUUAGUCAUGCUAAAUAUUUUGAUACAACUUUUCUUUUAACAUGCCUUCUUAAAAAGUAGAAAUUCUAGAAUAAUAAUUAGAUAGCGCAUUUAUACGAACUUAAUAGCAUUUACAUGUAGUAAAAUAAAUAAAUUAUUUAUUAAUAUAGAAAAGUAUUUGAAAAACA